AUGAUCCAGUAACAGGUGAAACUGACGAAAUCACUUGUAUUAAGGCUGAAGGAAAAGAAACAUGUCCUACAUGUGAAGAGGAAACAUAAGCAAAUGGAUUUUAAAGUAAUGAUUGCAAGGAUAGUCCAGGUGACAGUUCUUCAAAUGGUUACAUAUUAGCAGGGUUCAUUACUCUAUUAAUGUUGA